UUUGAGCUAGCUCAUCCCGUUUGGGAGAUAUUACAAAUUUACAUUGGAAGAAACAUAUUGGCCGCCCUAUAUUAUCCCUGCGGUUCAGCUGAGAAAAAUGUCUAUGACUACUAUUCGAAUUCAUUUAAUAGGAAAUAUGCAAAUACAACGAAUUUUGCGGAAUUGUUGAAUACAACUGUUAAUGAAAUCUUUGCACAAAUGUUGACCAAAGAGGGAAUCGAUCGGCCGUUUAAACCGCAAUCAUAUUGUCACGAAUUGGUUAUGAAUAUGUUUAAUAUCUCUGUCUUUAACCAUAAAAUGGAUCAGAAAAUGCACACAAACUUUCAAUAUCCAAGCCAUUGCUUUGGACACGAUAUUAGCAAUUUGUACGGCAUAUACGAGUUUAUACCCAUUGCGCGAUAUUUUAUGGCCAAUCCUUUGCAAAAAUUACAAAAAACAUAUAAUAAAUGUUUUGAAUACGCAAUAAAUGAAUUAAAAUUACGCGAUAAUAAUUACGACGAGAGUAAUGGCCGAGACUUUUGCAGUCAGUUUCUCGACGCUAAACGCCGGGCAGAGGCGGAGGAAAAGCCGGACUUUGAAUGUUUCAAUGAUAAUAACAUCGCAGCCGUAAUCAUGGACAUGUAUAUAGCGGGAACGGACACAAUGCAUCUGACUUUGCUAAUCAUGCGAAAUGAAGUGAACGAUAGACUGGGCGAUAGGGCACCGGUUGUGGCCGAUAAACACCAUUUGCAUUGUGUUAUGGCAUUCAUAUACGAAACCAUUCGUUGGAGAAACGUAGGACCUAUGGGUGCACCGCAUAUGACUUUAUCGGAUACCAUAUUAGGCGGAAAAUACAAAGUUCCCGACCACACAAUACUGAUCGGUCAUUUGUGGCAUAUAUUGACUAACGAUAAAUAUUUUUCAAACGCUGACCAAUUUAAACCUGAACGUUUUCUUGAUAAGCAAGCCGGAGCCGCAACACCGGCUCUGGCUCUUGGAGCCGGUAGAGCCGGAACCGCGGCUCGAGCCGACUCCGGCUCUAACGUCCCCGACUCUGAUACGACUCUGGCUCUACACCGGCUUCGACACGGCACUGAACCGGCACGGCUCAGAUACGGGUCUGGCUCUCAACCGGCUCUUACGGCACCGGCUCUAAAAGCCGUC